AAACAUAUCCACUGUGCUCAAAAUCGAGACAGAGAGGGAGGGGAAGGGCUGGAAUGGGAGAGGUUUUUAACAAAUCUCUCAGUCAGUAAUUCUGAUGCUGAGCCGGAGGAUGGAACUGUACGUUCGUCUCGCAGACAUCCCGGCUAAAUAUAUGCACAAUUGAACAAAAUUCUUUCAUUUUAAUUUCAAAAAGAAACCAAAACAAAAACUCUCAAACUCCAUCAAGUGGUUUAAGAAGGCUUGGAUUUUAAGGCAAUGUGAUUUUGUUUGUUUUAGGGAGGGUUAUGCUAGCGUCUGUUUGCUUUAACAUGAGGAUUUCCCUGUUCUGUGAGCUGAAUGGACCUUCUCAGACCCGAGUUCAAAACUAACUGAAAAUGAGCAGCAAGAUCUCUCUCCAGCGACCCUUCUUCCUCCUCCUAUAUCUCGUGGACCUUACUCUCGGAUAUUUGACGGUGAAUAUUGAACCGAUUUCCCCAGUGGUGGCUGGUGAUGCCGUCACUUUGAAAUGCAACUUCAAAACAGAUGGGAGGCUGCGGGAGAUUGUGUGGUACAAGGUGACAGAUGGAGGAACUAUCAAACAGAAAAUAUUCACAUAUGAUGCCCUGUUCUCUACAAAUUACACUCACAUUGAUGAAUAUCAGAAGAGGGAGGACCUGGUCUAUCAGUCCACUGUACGAAUUCCAGAAGUCCGUAUUUUGGAUAAUGGGCCUUUCGAAUGCCACGUUGGGAUUUAUGACAGGACAAACCGCAAGAAGUUUCUGGAAGCGUACGGUCAUGUCUUCCUCAAUGUCAUGUCUCCUCCUUCCUCAAUCUCGGUCAUUGCAGCAGAUACACCGGCAGCUUUCAGUCGCUAUGAGGCUCAGAACUUCACACUGGUCUGCAUCGUUUCUGGAGGGAAGCCCGCACCAACGGUAUACUUCAAGCGAGAUGGUGAACUGGUUGAAGUUCUCCAUGUUUCUCAAACAUCUUCAGAUGGAAACAUGAGAAACAGCCGAGUACCUCAGAACCUCAUCAGCCGGGAUAUGGACGACACGAAGAUGCAGAAAUCUUUGUCCUUGUUGGAUUUUGAAGGUGGAGGCAGGCUCUUCACAGAGAGGCCCUUAGCCAGCAUCACUGACAGGGCCACCCCAGCAACCACCGAAAUGGAAAAGAUUCCGGAGACAGUCAUCAGUCGGGAGUUCCCGAGGUGGAUUUAUCCCAGGGAUCCGGAGUAUCUGUUUCGGCACACGCAAAUUCCAGUCAGCGAUGGGACUGUCGAAGUUCGGGCCAUGAUCACCUGGACUUUGAACCCUGACCUGGAUGAUAACGCUUUGUUCGGCUGUGAGGUGAAGCACCCAGCCCUGUCAAUGCCAAUGAAGUCCGAGGUGGUACUUGCUGCACCCAGAGGUCCACGGAUUGACGUGAGCCCAGCGCGUGUUCGAGUCGGUGACACUGUUAAAAUCGUCAUACUAGGAUUCCAGAAUGAAGUUUUCCCAGAGCCUCUUUUCACAUGGACCAGAGUGGGGGGACGCCUAUUAGAUGGAAGUAUUGAGUAUGAUGGUAAAGAGCUGGUGUUGGAAAGGGUCCCUGCAGAGCUCAAUGGCACCAUGUAUCGUUGUACCACCCAGAACCCAUUGGGAUCAACAGACACUCAUGCCAGACUCAUCAUUUUCGAAAAUCCAAACAUUCCUAAAGGCGCUGAUGAUAAAAAUGGUGCAUCAGCAUGUAACAAAAGUGUCAACCUCGCCUUAGCGAUGAUCUUAGCAGUUAUAUUGGACUUGACGUGAAAGACCAUCAAGAAGUUGAGGGGGAUAAUAUCCGUCCAGCUGCUGCACAUCAUAAAAGAUUUUUAUUUUAAUGUUUUUCUUUAUCAGAUUCUGGAUGUUCCACUUUCCAUAGGGUUUUCUCACUUGAAAAGUGUCUCAUUGCUUCAUGUGUUCCUGAAUAAAAGCUCCAUCUGUUUAAAAGA